AUGAGUUUGACCGCGCAUGUCGAGAUCUCGUCGAGCGAGCCUGCAGCUGCACAGCCGCCCAAGCGGAUCGAGGCUGGUCCUCGGUUCGACUGGUCACACAAGAUUACCAAAUACAUCGAGGUCCAGAUUCAUGCACUGGAUCAUGCAGAUCUACGAGAUGAAGUGUCGGUGCAUACAGAUACAAAUACAAAACCAAGAACAUCUACGCAGGCACAAGCACAAGCACAGUCUCUGGAAGAUGAAGAUGAAGAUGAAGAUCCGGAAGCCCUUGUCCGCACCAAUCUCCAUCCCACUUUGCAGAUAGAUUAUGAUAUCGUGCUCUCCCCCACAUAUCAAGUCCCCGUCUUGUAUUUCGUGCUCCGGUGGCACAAUCACCAGGGCCCUGUGGGGCUGGACGCGGUCUAUCAGUAUGUGGUACCGGAGCAGUACAAGCAGCAAUUGCAGAAUGUUGGCGUGAUGGGAGGGAUCAGUUUUGGCUAUCAUCCAGAAUCUGGCGCUCCGGCCUUUUUCGUCCACCCGUGCAACACCGCGGAUGCCAUGGCGCAGGUUGCAGACGGACAGAGCGUCACCACCGGAACAUAUCUCCUCGUCUGGCUCGGUCUCGUAGGUCAAUCCGUGAACCUGCACGUUCCCCGCGAGAUGGUCGUUUCCGAUGGGCCCAGCCCAUCGUGA